UCACGCGCUACAAUUGACUGAAUUUGGACCACUUUUAAUGUACUUUAAUUAUUCGAUUUUUGCAUUCCGAUCGACGACAUGCAAUCAAUAAAUUUUCUGUAGAGAAUGUUCAUUACUUUAUCAAAAAGGUUGGAAUAAAAAAAAAAUCAGAAAAGAAAUUGAAAUUACAAAUUACGAACGACAGUAUUGUAAUCACAAUUUAUCGUGUAGCAUAAUCAAUUGAAUUUGAUCGCUUUGCCAAAUGCUACACCAAACAGUGCAUACAAGAAAAACUAACUUGACAAAACGAAGUUCACGAUAAUUUGGAAAACAUUUGAGCGUUUUAGAAGUGUCAUCGCCGUGCAUAAAAUGCAAACGGAGUAUUUCGACGGCAUUAACAACUUCAUCAAAUUUAAAAACGGUUCUUUGAUUAUAAAAAAUUAAACGAAAAAUGAAAUCAUGAAUAAACUGUGUGUGUGUGCGCCCAAGUCGAUGGCGGAAUCAUAAUAAAACAGAAAAAAAAUAUUACAUGGGACCAUCGGACUCCAUUUCUUUGUUUGACGUCUUCCAAAAAUAAACUGUUCGCGAAGCUUAUCUGAUUUAUUGAAUUUGUAGCUUUGAAUUACAUUUCACUCAAGUUAAAUAUGUGAAAAUUUAAUCCUUUUCAUCGAGUUACUGGAAUCGUCAUUUUAUUUGAUGGCAAAAUGUAAGGAUUAUAACAUUCGCGUUGUGAAUUUAUCUGCUUUCCGAAUAGUAUGGUAUCGUAAUUCGAAUCGAGUUUGAGUGAAUAAAAAAAAAUUGUUAAAAAUAUUUGUGGUUUCAAAGUGAUUGGUCGUGUUCGGGAAGAGAGAAGAAAAAAAAUGAUUUUGAUAAAAAGUAACUAAAUGAAAAAAUUAAAUUCAUGAUGUUUAUUGGCAUCAGAGUUAAAUUUUAAUUGAAAUGUUCACAUUAAUGAACAAUCCAAGACGAAAGAAAUGUGUCAAUGAUUGAUACUCAUAUGAUACACAUAAGGAAAAAAAAUUGCUCAAUGAAAUGUUAGAAGAAUUAUUAUUAAGUUCAAUCUGGGGCAAAUUAAAGUGAAUAGUGAAUUCAACUGAACUGGAUGCUGAUACAGAACUUUAGUUCGCGAAAUAUUUUUUUUUUAGUUUUUUCGUUUUAAAAUAAUUGCUUUGAAAUAGAACAACAAUAACAACAACAAAAUAAAAACUGUGAAUGCAUAGCUACGGAGGUUAUAGCUAGAGUGGAUUGAGGAUUAAAUCGGAAAGCGUUUACGUGUGUGAUUCAGUUCAUUUUCAAGUUAUUAUUUGGAAAUGUCAGAGUAAGCUCGGACACAGAUAUCUCUGCAUAAUUUGUGAAAAGAAAAUUUAAAAACAAAAAACAAAAAUUGUGACGAAAAAACCCCGAUGUUGACAAAUCAAAUUAUUAUUGCUAUCGCGCAACAUACAUCGUUUUAUCAUUGGACAAAUUUGUGAAUUUUCGCGUUUGAAAUGUUAUUGAAUGUUUUGCACGCAGACAAAGAGGCAAAACAUUAAAUUCUUUUCGUGUACCCAGAACCACUUUACCAAGUUUGAGCAUUUAAAAAGAAAACACAAAUUGGAAUAUAUUAAUUUACAGCGAACGAAAAAUAUCUGAUUAAACACUGUUGUCCUCUUCGCCGAACAACGAACAAAACAACACACAUAAAAAAAAUCAACUUAAUGGAAGAAAGAAAAUCCGGCCAGAAUAUCAUCAAAAGGAAAUGGAAAUUAAAAUUUUGUGAACACAAAAAAAGUGUACGAACAAGGCAGUUUUUAACAUUUAAUGUGUUUUCAAGAAUGAAAUAAAUAAAAAAAAAAGUUUUUUUUAAUUGAAAUGAAUUACGGCAGAAAAGUGGCCGGUUAAAUUUGUUCGUAGUUUUUUGGUUUUGUGCACAAAAAUCAUUUUGUUUUUCAAUUAUUCGUUCUUGUAAAUAUCAAUGUUCAUGAAGAAUUUUUCGUUUUUUUUUUUAAAUAAAUUUUGUGGGCCCCGAAUGAAUCAGUUCUAUAUAUCGCACUCACACCAGGGGAUUUGAAACAACAACGAAAAGUUAAAUAAUUAAAAGAGAUAAGAUCCAGUUAAGCUUCAGGAAUACACACAAGCGAAUUUAAAAAAGAAAAAAAAUAUUUUUUUAUUGAAAAUAUUAUUCAGUGCCUUCGAAAUAAAAUCAAAAAAAGAAAAAAAAAUCAUUUACACUAACGCGACAUUGUCUAAUAAAAAUUAAUCAUUCAACGUAAGUGAAUCAUCGAUAAACAUAUGAGCAAAAUUGUUUAUAUUUUUAUAUGACGAAGGAAAUUCAGGUAUAAAUCUACUUCUUCGUCGUUUCAACGGUUCGCGCUUCAUUCAAUUGUGAUAAUAAAAAAAAAUUAUUUGUGUGUGCCUUUAGUCGAAUGCGUAAAUAUAUCAUUUUUGAAACGGUCAACACUUGAAAGGCAUUCAAAGCAUGUGUUUGAAGUUAAAUUUAAUUAGUAAUGGAGAAUGUGCUGAUUACACAACAUAAGUAAAUACACAAGAAAGAAAAAAAUUAGUAAAUAGUGAUAACUACAGAGGUUUUAAGUGAUGUGAUAUGACCAAGUUCAACCUUUACGAUGAACACACCGGGCGCAAAAACGCCUUCGUCGGCGAGGCUGUCCGAAUAUGCAACCAAUGCACUGGAAAAAAUCAGAAAAGAACUAAAAAUGUUUGCUCACAUUGGCGAUGGACAGGGUCAGUGUUCAUCAUUGCCACAAACGCAGCCACAAAAUGUUAUGCCACAAGGUCAAGUCGAACGAGAUUUAACUCGGGACUUAAACUUGUACAUCUCACAUCUAAUCACAGCCGGAUGUAGCGAGGAACAAGCAUUAAAUGCACUAAAACUAACAAAUGCCCGCGGAGACUCAGUUUUGGAAUAUUUGGGAAAACAGGCGCAAAUGCAACAACAAUUACAACAUCAACAAGAAGCUCAAUCGAAUGGCCAUCCACAAAAGAUUCAACCGCCCGUACUAGUUCCAAAAUUGAUUCGAAAACCGAGUAUAGAAAGAGAAUUACCUUCAUUGCAAUACCAUCGAGGAAGUCCUGCUCUUGAUUCGGGUGCUGGUAGUUCACGAUCCGACAGUCCACAUCAGCAUCCGCACUCGGGAGUAGAUCCGCUUGAAUCGGCUCAGCGAUUUCAACACCAACAGUACUCAAGUGGGCGAAACAGUAGCGGUCAAUAUUCACCAUCACCAUGUCCGUCAACAAUGAGCGAUCUGCCACCGCCAACACUACCCCGAUGUACAUCAUCGACUCCACCAACUCCUCCACCAGUUCCACCCAAUCUCCAGCAAUUAUUCAAACGAAUAUCUCCAGGAGCGCCUCCAACAAGAGCCGUUGCAUUACCGUCACAAAGUCCUGCCCGUGGAACGUCACCCGUAUCGAAUAACAAUCAUCGUCCAGUCAUCGCUCAAAAUGGUCCGCAAGCUCAGCAACAACUUAGUCAACAAAUGCAAGCCUUAAGCCUAUACCAAAGUGGUGGAAGUGGUGAACCUCCGCCACCAUAUCCGAUAAUUUCGACGGGAGGACCGCCCAGCUAUACGACAUCAAUUCAAAAUAGACAAAGUCCAACCCAAUCGAAUUCGGACUAUCGAAAAAGUCCAAGUUCUGGAAUAUAUUCAGCAACGUCGACUAGUUCACCCAGCCCGAUAACAGUGUCUCAAAACUCAAUAUCGCCCUAUCAACAAAUUCCACGACCCAUCCCUGUGCCGCAACGACAAACUUGGCAAAAGACUAAAAGUCAUACGCCCGUCAUAAUGCAAUCGGUUAAGUCGACGCAAGUACAAAAGCCGGUACUUCAAACGGCAAUAGCACCGCCAGCGCCUCCAGCAACACAGUCGGUCUGUGCGUCACCAGUGCAUGUCGCACCACCAUCUUAUGCGUCCUCGAUUCAACAGAGAGAUGGACAGACACCACCAACUACUCCACCAAUUUUAAACAGUCUUAACAACAACGUUCCUUUAACAAAUGGAAAUUCGUCACCGGGUGUUCCAACGACCGAACCGCCUUCGUAUGCCAGCACAAUGGCAUUUAUGGCCGCUCAACAUCAACCACGGCAUCUGCCACCACCUCCGCCAUAUACGAACAAUAUUAACGGAAAUAUCGAAGCGUCCAUGGUAACACCGCCGGAGUCGCCAUCGUCAAAAUUAUUGAACAAUAAUCUGACAACGACUCCGCCACUUCCUCCCACAUCAUCGUCAUCGGUGAAAUCGAGUUCCUCAAAGAAUCGUGCAAGUACGGCUGGCAAAUCGGAUGCAUGUAAAAAGAUAAAACAUCAAUCGCCCAUACCGGAACGCAAGAAAAUUUCCAAAGAAAAGGAGGAGGAACGUAAAGAGUUUCGCAUCCGGCACUAUUCGCCGCAAGCAUUCAAAUUUUACAUGGAACAGCAUGUCGAAAAUGUGGUCAAAUCGUACAAGCAACGAACGUUCCGGAAAAAUCAACUGGAAAAGGAAAUGUUGAAAAUCAACUUGUCGGAUGAGGCACAAGUGCAGAUGCGAAAAAUGUUAAGUCAAAAGGAAAGCAAUUACAUCCGAUUAAAACGUGCCAAAAUGGACAAGUCAAUGUUUACGAAAAUCAAGCCAAUCGGUGUCGGUGCAUUCGGUGAAGUGACGCUGGUACGGAAAAUUGAUACCACCAAUCAUUUGUAUGCGAUGAAAACAUUGAGGAAAGCUGAUGUACUGAAACGAAAUCAGGUGGCACAUGUAAAAGCAGAACGUGAUAUUUUAGCUGAAGCGGACAAUGAAUGGGUGGUUAAGUUGUACUAUAGUUUUCAAGAUAAGGAUAAUUUGUAUUUUGUUAUGGAUUAUAUACCUGGUGGCGAUUUAAUGUCUCUGCUAAUUAAAAAGGAAAUAUUUGAGGAGCCCUUGGCUAGAUUUUAUAUAGCCGAGCUGACUUGUGCGGUAGAAAGUGUUCAUAAAAUGGGUUUCAUCCAUCGGGACAUCAAACCCGACAAUAUUCUGAUUGAUCCCGAGGGUCACAUCAAGCUGACUGACUUUGGUCUGUGCACCGGCUUCAGGUGGACUCAUGACUCGAAAUACUAUCAAAAAAUCGGUGAACAUGCGCGUCAGGAUUCCAUGGAACCGUGGGAAGAUGCUGGCGAAGGCAGUUGUAAACCAACCGUAUUGGAGCGACGGCGUCAACGCGAUCAUCAAAGAUGUUUGGCCCAUUCUCUGGUCGGAACUCCAAACUAUAUUGCACCAGAAGUGUUGGAGCGUAGCGGUUACACUCAACUAUGUGAUUGGUGGAGUGUCGGUGUCAUUUUAUAUGAAAUGCUUGUGGGUCAACCGCCAUUUUUAGCAAAUACUGCCGUUGAGACACAGCAAAAGGUAAUCAAUUACCGGAAAACGUUACACAUCCCACCACAGGCCAAUCUGACGCACGAUGCAUCUGACCUGAUUCUGCGAUUAUGUGCAUCGGCGGACCGUCGACUCGGCAAAAAUGGUUCGAACGAAGUCAAAGCUCAUCCAUUUUUCAAAGGUGUCGAUUUUUCGUUGGAUCUACGACAGCAAAAAGCUCCGUACAUUCCGAAAAUCGAUCAUCCGACCGACACAUCGAAUUUCGAUCCAAUCGAUCCGGACAAAUUGCGUAAUUCGUCAUCCGAUUCAUUCGAUUUUAACAGUGAUACGGGUAAGUCGUUUCAUGGAUUUUACGAAUUUACGUUCCGGCGAUUUUUCACCGAUGAUAAAACGAUCAUGGACAGCAGUGAAGAUCAGAGUCCCGUUUAUGUGUAGGGAAAACAAAACAAAACAAAAAACUAUUUUGAUUUUUGCAUUAAGUUACGUGUUAAGUAUUGAUUAGUUUUAACAACACGAAGGAAACAAAUUUGAUCUGCCAUAAAUUGUUACUCAAUUUCUUUGAUGAUUUUUCUUUUCGUUCUCUUUUUACCGCUUAACAUACCGGAAGUGAAAGAGCUAAAAUUGAACCGGGCGUCAGUUGAACCAAUCGAAUUAAUUUCUUGAUAGUUUUCUUACAGUUCAAUUCAAUACGAUUCGUGUCGAAACUCAUUUGACUGAAUUUUUUGUUCCGUGUUUAGAUCGCACGAUAAUUUUGGGUUUUCAUUAAAAAAAAUUCGCUAAAAACUGUAAUUUUAAAUCGCGGUCCAGUGUUCCAUUAAAAAAAAAGUUAAGAAUGUGAGACUCAAUACGAUUUACCGAAUAUGUCCUAAUUGCUGACUGCAUCGAAGUGAGAUUGGUGCGUCACUCAGAAACAUAAAAUUUGAAGAAAAUAAAUCUGUGCUUCGAUCAACUAUACACAUUCCAUUUCCGGAAUGCGGCUGAUCAAAAGUUUAAAUUUAUUUUCUUCAAGUAAACUUUCACCGCAAGGAUUUUAUUUUGAUGCACAGCUGGAAGGACUAGCACAAUAUGCGUGCAUGGAUUUUGUUAUUCAAUAUUCUAAUCUGAAUGAAGUCGUGAUACGCUUCGAACAAAAAUUUAAAUUCAGCAAAUAAUUUCUUUCAAUGCCUCAAGUUCGAUCAUUAAGUUUCAGAAGAUUUCGGAAAGAAAAGGUUUUGCCGAAAAUUGGUUCAAGAAAGUUGAACCUCGGAAAUAUGCCCUGACUCUCCAAUGUCCAUUUGUCAAAUCCUCGUCGUAAACGAUUUUUUUUAUUUGUAAUUGGAUUUUUACGUCCCGUGAAAUUUUAGCUUUUUCAUUUGCCCAUAUUUCGUACUAAAAACAAAACAAUCAAAUUGUAGCACAAAGUGUUGUUUCGUAUUAUUUCGCGCAUAACAUGUUCUAAACGAAUCAAAAACACACAAAAGAUGAAGAAUGAAAUCAAAAAUUGAGAAAAUUGGUUAACAAUUACGUAAAAGAAACACAAUAGAUAAGAAAAUUGAUUAAUUGAAAAGGAAAAAAAGAUAAUAAUUUCUCUGUCUCUCUCUUUUUUUACAUUAAUUUGUUGUAAAUAAAAUUAAUUUUAAUUCACAAAAGAAAAUUAUGUUUAGCAAAAACGAAUUUUAGGAUUAUCCAUUUUAAUGUAAAUAUUUUCAACAAAACCGCACUAACCUUAUUUCUAUUAUUUAUAUUACAAUGCGCAAAAAUUAUUUUAAUUAUUUUAAAUUUAAAUUUUAAGUUUCAUUAAUCUAACGAGGCGUACACGUAAACUUUCUAAUGGUAUAAAUUAUGUAUUCUGUUUAAAACAAAAGGAAGAAGAAAAAAACAGGCCCGCAGUGGCUAGAAUUUUAAAUUUAAUUGAAAUGAACGAAA